CCCUGCUGCGAGGCCUGCGAGGCGGGACACGCGGGCGCCGCGGCGCUGCUGCUGCGCAGCGCGGCGGACCCCGCCGCGCGCGACCUGGAGGGGUGGACGCCGCUGCACUGGGCGGCGCUGCGAGGCAGCACCCCGCUGGCCGAGAGGCUCCUCGAGGCGGGCGCGCCGGUCGAGGCGGAGGAGCGCGGGGGCGGCACGCCGCUCCACUGGGCCGCGCGGCGCGGCCACGCGCUGCUGCUUCAGCUGCUGCUGGGCCACGGCGCCAGCACCACCAAGGAGGACCGCGGGGGCCGCUCGGCCGCGCAGUGGGCGCGGCUCACGGGGCACGAGGGCGCCGCGGGGCUGCUGGAGGGCGUGGCCGGGGAGGCCUCGCGGGCGCCUGCCGCGAGCUCCGCGGCGUCCGCAGG